UUCGCAGGCCACGAAAGAGGCAUCCACCUGGAGAUCCUCGAGCGAUGACGUCAUUGUGAGUGAAGAUCUUGGAGAUCUUGGAGAGUGGUUGAAGGAAGCAUGGCAGUGGCUCAUCUGAAGGACAAGUGGGGCAUCAGCCUGUCAGAAGGUAACCACAGCAGGCUUCAGCAUCAUGGCUACCUUAUCGCUGAUGAACCAUGUCUGUGUUUGUUGUCGUCUUAUCACCAGAUGGCGUGGAUGAGUGUCUGAAUCACGUGGAGGCCGACUCGAUGGACGCCGUGCACCCAAAGGCCGCAGAAGAGUAUCUCCUCAACACUGACAUCAGGUAUGUACACGAUAUGGGCCAGCAUCUGUAUUGUCUGAAUGUGGGUGCCUGUCUGUCUGUCUGUGUGCGGAUUCAGGAAGGCUGGUGUGCUGUCGACCAUUCCUGAGAACCUCCAGAGGGCAGGCAGCACACAACUCGACGUACAAAACGUGACGCACGGCAGAUGCUCGCACAUCCACUGGUGUCUUGGGGUGUGCUUGGCUGUGUGUAUGCGGGUUGAUAGGGUCCGCAUUUCGUGCAAGUCAUCAAGAUAGUGGACACCACCCAGCCGUCGAGGAAGGCCGAGGAAACGGAGAGUGAGUCAAGUGACACUCUCACACAAACACUAGGCACUGCCGUGUCAUGUACUGUUUGUUUGCUACAUACAGGUUACAAUCGUCUGCUGCUGUUGACACUCCAUGACGGCCAGCAGCGCAUCGCCGCCAUUGAGUACCAAACCAUCGACCAACUCAGGUCGGUAACACACCCACAUGCCCACCCACCACAUCACCCACAGACACACGGCGACACUCUCUUCUCCACCGCAGUUUGAAUGUCCCCCCCGGCACCAAGCUGCUCCUGGGUGGUCGUGGCCGCUCGCCCGUCGGUGUGCGCAACGGUGUUGUGCUGCUCGACCCCUCGUGUGUCAUCGUCCUGGGCGGCUACGUCGAGCGCAUGGUCGAGGCAUGGAAGGUACCCACUCAUCCAUACAGCACCACAGACAGACAGACAGACAAAUGUGCAUGGACCUCUCUGUCUGUCUGUCUGUCUGUGUGCGUGUGUCUGUGUGUGUGCAGGUGAAUCAGGAGGUGCAGGCGUCGCGCCUGUGGCUCAAGUCAGCAAAGCCGCAAGACGCCGGUGGCAGUGGUGGGCAGGACCCCCAGCGGCCGAACCGCAACUUUGCCGACGACGACGGACCGCCGAGGUUCCAGCCCUUCAAACAGGUGGCUGAACCAAACGGAGGAAGGGAAAAAAGGCUCCCUGUUCAACCCUGCGUAUCUCUCUGUGUGGCUAUGUGUUGCCAGGGCAUGGCGACUGACCAGCGGCAAGGCAAGGCUCGCCCCUCUCCCUCUCCUCUUCCCCCACCAUCCCAGGCCACAUCAGCCGCUCCACCUGACUCCAACAGCAGGGCACCAGACGACGAGCAGCAGCCAGACGAAGGCCCAAGAUUCGACAUUGCUGAGCUCGGAGGGGCGGGAAACAAGCCACAGGUGAAUUGGCAGGAAUGGACACAAAAAGCAAAUGGAAUCUCUCUCUCUGUCCUUCCCCGACAGACGCACAUCAGUGCGAGUGCAUUCAAGGCGGCCGAGCAGGGUGGGAGAGGUGGCCGCGGGCAGCGGGGGAGGCGCGGCCGUGGACGUGAGGGGGACGAAGACUUUGUGGAUCGCGACCUGCAGCAUUAUGUGGCCGACAACCGUCGGGGUCAUUCGGGCGGUAUGUCGCUCGACAUGUUCAUCAAGAAGGACAAGAGGGCGGAGGCAGCGGCAGCAGCAGGGCCGUCGCAUCAGGAGGAUGAAGGCGAGGGCGAGGAGGAGUGGGAGGACUGGCCAGAGGCAUACCAACAGCCACAACCAUCACAGCCACCAUACUCCACACCAGGUGGGUGGCGAAUCACUCCAAACCAAGGACGCACUCUACACCUUGGCUACUCGGGGCUCUCUCGCUGUGUCUGUGUGGUCUCAUCAAUCUAAUGCAGGCCCACCGCCGCACAACGGCUUCUCCCAAGACCGCCGGAGGAGCUACCCGGCGGACAGCAACUCUUAUGACUACCAGCAGCAGCAGCAGCAGGCGUCAUACAGAGGUGGGAGAGGUGGAUCCUUCGACAGCAUGCCCACUGGUGGUGGUGGUGGUGGUGGUGGUGGGCGUGGAUGGAGGGGUGGCGGUGGCCAUUAUGGCCGCGGCGGGCGUGGGAGAGGUGGAGGGGGGAGGGGCAGAGGGGGGAGGGGCAGAGGGGGGAGGGGAGGAGGAGGGCACAGAAGAUGGUAGGCAGCAAAGAGAGGCACGACUGGCCCGUCAAUGGGUGAGGUGACUGGGUGGGUGACUGAGAGAGGGGCACCCAUGCAUACUGCUAUUUGUCUUAUGGAUGGAUGGAUGGAUGGCAAUGGGUUGUGUAUUGUGUGUGCCGGUUGUGGAGUUGGUCAUUGCACGCAUUCAUCCCUUCAUCGCGUGACUGACAGUAGUUGCCAGCAUUAAACUCAGCGUAGCGUCAAAA